GCAGGGAGGGAACGGGGAGUCGAGGGAAUUCUCAUAAAGAGUGUCAAGUUUUGAGGCGCCUCAAAAAUAGUCAAGGGGAUUCUCAUACAGGGUGUCAAGUUGUCAAAAAUAGUCAAGGGAGUCAAGGGAAUUCUCAUAAAGGGUGUCAAGAGGGGAAUGAGAGCGUGGAAGAGGGGGAAGAGGGGGAAGGGCUACAAGUCACGGGAUUGGGGGAGAAGGUGGGAGCAGCGGAAGUGGACGGCGCGGUGAAUAGGGAGGAUGAGGAGGAGGGAGAGGAAGGGUGGAUGGAGCAGAGGAGGGUACAAAGGAUGAGGGAGUGAGGGAGGAAGAGGAGGAGGACGGAGAUGAGGAAUGGAUGGGGCAAGAGGAGGGAGAAGAGGAGUGGGUGGAGCAGUGGGUAGAGCAGCAGCAGCGGAGGCAGUGGGAGAGGCAGAGGAGGAGAGCCAUGUGUGGGAGUUCAUGUUUCAGGGAGUUUGGGUUGGGCCUUGGUAAAUGGUAUGAAGUGGAAGAGGAGGAAGCGGAAGAGGAGGACGAACCUAUGUCCAUUCUGAUCAGUCGCUUUGACGCAGAGGCAGCAGCAGCAGUGGAGGAAGAAUUUCUCAGCAGCCUCACCGUGCCCCCAUGUGACUAUGGCGGAUAUGGCGAAUAUGGGGAUUGGGGGGGGUAUGGCUGUAGUGGUGGUGACUGUAUUGAGGGGAAAGAUGGGUGGAGAGGGGAGAUGGGGAUGGCGGGGAUAGGAGGGACAGGACGGGGGUUAGAGAGUGGAGUGGUGAGGGAUGCGGAGAUGCAUGGUGCAUGGGAUGCAGGGAAGGAUUGGGAAUGGGGUGGUGCUGGGAUGCAUGGUGGGGAUGUAGGGGCUGGAGCAUGUGAUGAUGAUACAGCGAUGUGUGCGAUUGAGUGGGAUGGGAGGGGAUCGGAUGAAAUUCAGUGCGGUGAGAGGGAGUGGGAUGGGAAGGAGUGGGAUGGUGCUGGGACUGGAUGUGAAUUGAUUGGGGAGGAUGCUGACUUGGCACACGACAGCAAUCAUGAUGAGCCGUGCUGUGCCCUUGAGAACAGCAGGCAUUAUUAUUAUGGUGGUGGUGGUGCUGCUGCUGCUGCUGCUCCUGGUGCUGCUCGUACUGCUGCUGGUUCGGGUGCUGGCUGCUUCACGGAGCAUCGCAUCCAUGAUGACCAUCAUGACCAUCAUGACCAUCAGGAGAGUCACGUUGGCACGGUGUUUGACAAGAUGUUCCAUCGAGCACCCAUGGCAGCCACAGCAGCCACAGCAGCAGCAGAGGACCAGUCAAGCGUGUUCGGCCCUCCUCCUGUCCCUGCUCCCGCCCUCAUGUGCCUGUCCCCUCUGCCCUACCCAAGCCUUUUCUCGAUGACAAGGCUGAUGAGCAUGAUGCCAGUAUUGAGGCAGCUUGUACGAGGACAAACUGGCUGCCCUGAGCCACAGGCAGGAUGGGCCCUGGAGCCUGGCUCGGGUUUUUCUGUGGGCAGUUGACAGCCGGCCUUGGGCAGAAGAAGUGUUCUCCCAGACAAAUGCAUCUGGCGGGGAGGUUGGAAGAGUGAGAUAUGGAGGGAGACUUAUAGGGAAGGGAAGGAGAAUGGACGAUAUUGUGAAAGGGGGUUCUUGUAAAGAAAGGUGGUUUGUACAAGGAAGGUGGCAGUGGGAGUGAAAAUGGAGAGAUAUGGAUGGGGGGGAAGAGGGGGAACAGGGCAAGGAAGGAGAGAGAGGAGGAGGCUUGGAUGGGUGUGGAGGAGAGGAGCAGGGAGAGCAGGAAGAGCAGCAGCAGCAGCAUCCAUGCCACUGCCAACGGCACUGCUACUGCCACCACCUCCUCGGGCUUUGUUGGUGGGCCUAGUGUUGGUGGGGUGCCACUGCCCCCUCUGCUACGCCGCAUUCUUGGAUCGCUGGGGAGAAGGCUGACUAGUGAUUGACUGCGACUAACUGACUGACUGGCACUGACUGUGACUGACUGCCACUGCAUGAGUGACACUGGCUGUGACUGAACACGACUGACUGUGACCGACUGUGACUGACUGCGACCGACUGUGACUGACUGCGACUGACUGUCACUGACUGCAUGGCAUGCAGCUUUGAAGAAAAAUCUGUAUAUAUUCUGCCGUGUUGCAAACUUGUUUA